AUGAGCGAGGUUCCACAGCAUUCAGGACAUCGGCACUGCCUGCAGCAAGCAGCAGGGCCCGACUGUCAAGUCUCUGCGCGUGCGGUAGCAACCUUGCGGGCGAGCGCGGCGCCUUCCCAUCCAAUGGGCACCAUCAAAUUGCCCCUUUGGUCCCGCUCAGCGUGCAGGACGGCUUUGCCGUGUUCCCUUGGCACGCCUCCCCAUGAAGCGGGACCUGCGCGUCGCCUCCCAGCGGUUCCGAGAAACGAAGGGAUGGCCAGACAUCCGCCGAAUCCAUCGCUUCUUGAUACGAAAAUGCGCCGUAGGGCCGUGGAUUCCCGCGAGAUGUUUUUCUCGCUAUCGAUGAAUUGGCUCGACGUCGAGAGUCUCAAGCGAUCUCCGACCGUGGACCGUGUCAGGCUCGUGUCUUUCAAUGCCGUCAGAGAAGAGCUCAUGAAGCCGCGGAAAAUGGUGGAUGAUUCGGCGGCUAGGGAGGAGAUCAACAGUUGUCGGAUGAGCGGGUAUGCACUCAUACACUCCACCUAUACGGUGAGGCCGCAAGCAAACACGGCUACAUCACGUGAUACUGAGGUGUCCCAUUUGGCGGGGGAAAGUGUUACAUUCGCAAGAAAACGCUAUCUCCUCUCUCACCGAGAAGAAUUUGAGAAAUCGGGCACGGCGCGAUCCUUUGGCCAGGAAUGGAAUAAGAAUGAUAAGGUAAAUGUGAACCAUGUAGUCAACACCGCGGGCAAAGUUCGAUGUGUUCAGCAUGGAAUCAACCGAGAAAGGGUGAUUACAUGGCCAACCUAUCCCAAAAAGAAAAAAACGGUCGCUCGGCGCGACAUGCCAACUCGACCAGCGUGGAUCUGUGAGAUGACAACUGGCAUCGAAUCGCCAGAACGGUGGCGGGGUCGCAAGCGACGUGCCAGCCCAACGCCCAACAGCCGUCCAACAGCGAUGCCAAACAGUCGAGCUAGAGGCGGGAUCCUGGGCACGACAGCGUUGAUGACGAUGACAUCACUGAGACCGGGCCUCGAUCUGUCUCGAAUGUUACGAAUCAUCAUCGACGUCUCCCGAGAAGAUCGAGGCAGACGUGCUGCCCGCGCAUCGUUGCGCUUGGUUUCACUGACUCUUGUCAAGCCUACCCGUUCAGAACCAUCGAUCAUCAGUGAACCGACAGCCGUGGAACACUCACGUCGCUCCGCAUUCACGGAGCCCGCGCUUGGUUGUCCUCGGGAGGCGGAUAUCCGGAUCACGGCGACGGCGAUCCGUCGAGGACAGAUGCAUGAAUUGAGAUGCGAAGGCUUGUUGGCGGUGAAUGCACCAAGCUGCUUGGCUGAUUGGCUGGCGGAUGCAGAUAAAAUCAUGGUACAUGCUGGCCCGGUUAUCCGUGUAGGGUUUGUCGGGAAUGUGACUGCUGUACGACGUUUCUCCGCCUUCGGCUGCAUCUCUGCGUAUAUGUCCGCGAAGGUGACAGCCAAUUCAGCAGCGGGGAAAAAACAUAGCCUUCGACGUGGCUGGCUUCCUCUGGCUUCGCACAGAAGAUAUGCUCCGUGGGAAAAUAGCGGCGGAUUUUCUCCCAAUACCAUGACCCAUGACAUACACGCGAUCUUCCGCAAGCUCGGGCGGGGGCGCUCCUCGUUAUCACGGCUCCCUCAGGACUCUGUACCAAGCGGGCCGGGCUGGAAGAGCUUGCUCAGGAAGCGUUGCUCGCGUCGCAGACGCGGAAGAGGUGUCCAUCUGAACUCUGAAGGGUUGCGCCCCGCGCGCUUGCCUGCCGCGAAUGCUCUUUGGGGACCACCAAAUGGGUUCCUCGGGCUUCCUUGGCUGAUGGGGCCGACGAGCACCGACCCUCCGCAGGACCAGAUACACAGCAGAUACCCCAGAUUGCCAGACGCGCGAUCUGUACCAUUCUAUUCGCGUCCGUGCGUGCCACGCACCCACUGCACGGGCCCCACACCCGAUAUCGGCGCGUCAGAGUAUAUACACGACCGCGAGAAGGCGCGCUGCGGUCUCGGUCCCGCGCGGCAGCGACACACGCUGACACACGUCGAUCGCUCAUCCCUCUACAGAACUUACAUCCUGUACAAAGGCGGGCGGCGCAGAUCUAUCGCUUUUGCGGGCCUUGGUAGCAAGCAGCGGCAGAAUAUAGUUCAGUUUGAUUGGCGUCUGCGCUUGUUCCGACUUCGACCUCUCGGGACCAAGGAGGCGCUCGUCGUUCGCCGGCAUGCCUCGAUCGCGGGAGGCCCCAUCGGCCAUUUUGCGGGCCUCGGCGCUGCAGCAGCAGGUCUGCGCGAGCGUUUGGGGUGCGUUCGGUUUCUGCGCAAGUCGAGGACGCAGGUCGUACGGACUCGUCUCGCUGCCUCUCCGCCACGCUCUCCUGCAGCGACCGCCAUCGUCGAGACCAUCGCGAACGAGAUGCAUCGAGCGCUCGGCGCACCGGCUGGUGCGCUUGGCUGGCUGGCUGGCUGGCGCUGCCGAGGCGCACACUGGCGCACACGAUCCAACCCGGGGCUCGAUGGCCCGAUGCGGAUAAAGACGCGCGCGAGAAGCAGACGCUCCGAGGCGGGGAUGCACAGUACCGUAUGCAAGUGGGUCAGGAUGGAUUAUGGAUCACCAUGGAUCGCUACUAGUAGGGAUCGUCGUCGUCGUCGGCGCCGCCGCCGCCGCUCGGUGCCGACACAGCGGGGCAUCCGAAUCGACGCGGCUCGAUCGAGGGAGCCGCUCGCUGCCGCGCGUCGAUUAUACAGUGGCUCAGCUGCUUCUUCGGCGCUGCGGGCGCGCGGCAACCGAGGAAAAACGCAUCGCGCUCCCGAGCGGCGUGCAUCAAGCUAUCAAACUAUCAAGCAUCGAGCAUCGGGCCUCGCGGUGCGGUCGUGCAGCGCGGACCCGGGGACGGAGAUGGGAUACGGAGAUGGGGACGGAGAUGGGGACGGAGAUGGACUUGGGGUCCGGAGCCGCGAAAGUAAGUGCGCGCGCGUCAGCAGCAGGACAACCCUGGACAAGGACAAGGCGUAUUCAUUGCGCACGAAGCACGCAUUUGGGUCCGUAGAGGGCGAGCCCGGGCGCGCGGGAGCGACGACCGUCGCGCGCCCUGGCCACUCAGAUGCCCGUGGCCAGCAGUGGCCAUUGCAGCGCGCCCGGUCGCUGAUCGGUGGCGUCGGCACGACGACUCAGCAGCUGUUACUCGCCGGACGCGAUCGUCGACCGACGGAAGCUUGGGAACUUGAUGCAGUUGAUGGAGCUGACGGGGCUGAUGGCGAAGUCGAAGAGAGAACAAGGACGUGCCGUGGUGUAGUAGCGCGCGCGUCGCCUCGCGCCAGAACGUUUCCUAGUAACUUACUAGCAGCUGCCUGUGGGUCUAUGACACAGCCUGUCGCGGAUAGAGGGCGAGAGGGGCCUGGACGACGCGCUCACUUGACACCGGACGGGAUGCAUCGCGUCGUUUCUAUUGCAUGA